AUGGCGUAGAGCCUAGCAACAGCGCAGGCUCCCAGCCGAGUCCGUUAUGGCCGCUGCCGCCCUGAAGAGGAUGAGGGGGCCAGCACAAGCGAAACUGCUGCCCGGGUCGGCCAUCCAAGCCCUUGUGGGGUUGGCGCGGCCGCUGGUCUUGGCGCUCCUGCUUGUGUCCGCCGCUCUAUCCAGUGGUAAAGGGGGCGCGGCGGCAGUGCGGGCUUAGGAAGGCUAGGAGGGCUCGGGCGCAGGGCAGGAGACAGGCCGGGCCAGGGAAAGGGCGCUUCCAAGUGUCAGGAGCAGACGGCGGUGUCUGGUUGGGGCAGGGUCUCCGCGGGCCUGAGGACAGAGGGUAUGGUGUCUGAAGGGGUCCAAGGUGGUAGGAUCUCCAAGGGGUCUGAGAAGUGGGGUCCCUGAGAGAUGCAGGAACCCAGGGAGCAGGGAGCAGGGUGUGUAGAUGGGCGGGGAGGGAGGAGUGGUGUUGGCGCCUAGAGAUCGUUGAAGAAUGGGCUGCCACAAGGAAUUGGGGUGGUGGGGUCUCCAAAAUUUCUUGGAUCGGAAAGUUAGGAGGCUCUAGAAGAGAGGGUGGCGACAGGGGCUGAGGAGGUGGCCGGGGCUGGGGGUGAGGUGUCUGGAAAGGGUCCUGAGUUUGGGGGACUCAGGAAUCUUGCAGGACCAAGGAAAGGUGGGGGUUUCCAGAAUGGGAGAGGUCAGUGGUAAAGACCGAGGCGGGCAGGGGCAGUAAUCCAGUGACUGGACUGAGCCAAUGGAAUAUUUCCGAGAGGGAAAGUGAAAGGGAAAGAGCUGUCUUCGGGUACUGGUGCAUAUUUGAAGCCUGGGAGGUUCUGGUGUUUGAUAAAGAUUCAGAGUACUGGGGCGUUGGGCCCCUGAAGGCUUGGGAGGCAGAGAGGAGUUUGGAGACAAGGGAGAUCAUGAUUCCUCUUCCCUGUGUUCCGAGUUAACCAGGAUAACCCUGCCUCAUUUUAAUGGAUCUGUAGGAUUUAAUUGAUAGAAGAUUUCAUUUCUUGCAAAUGUUGCAUGGUGAAAUCAAGAGAUUGAAGGCUUUUAUUGAGAAAUUAGGAUAUCUGUAAACCAGUGCCUGAUACUUGGUGGGAAAAAUCCACUAUUAAGAACUUGUAAGGAUUAAACGGUAUUUUGGUUAGUAGUCCCAUUUUUCUUUCAGGCCAAGACACAAUCCUGCGUUUCUCCCUAAAUUUGAAUUUUCAGCUGCAAAACAGUGUGACCUGCUAUAGUGUUUUCUUUCUUGCCAACAGGGCCUGUCCAGCCCUACAUUCCUCUGCGACAGUACUGUGGGUACAUACUUAUGUUUCCUCAGCAACAUUUCAGUGUUGCUAACUGGACGCCCUCCCAGAAGUCUUUGCAGUCUCUGAGGAAGGACUGCUGUCCAUUUCCUAAGGCCCUUUCAUCAUUAGUGAAAUGUAAUGAGGAUUUCCCUGGUUGAUGCAGAUAUUCCCGUUCCUAAAGUACUUAAGUAGCUUAAUUGUUUUGGCCAUUUAAUCAUCUAAGAAAAAUAAAACACAAACAUUUAUAUUUCCUGCUGGAAUGCUUAAGGGAUAUAUAUCUGGCAACUGUAGUUUCAGAAACAGCUUUUUUCCCCUAAGAGAUGGUUGAAAAUUGGGCAAGAAGUGAGGCAGAAUGUGGAGUGUUGUAUCACGGACUGAUUCACCGAGCCCAACCGUACUCAACUCACAUAUUUCUACCCCAAAUGUGAAUGCUUUAACACAUGAAAACCAAACCAAACCUUCUAUUUCCCAAAUCAGCACCACCCUCCCUCCCACGAUGAGUACCGAGAAAAGUGGAGGAGCAUCUGUGGCCCCUCAUCCCUCGCCUACUCCUCUGUCUCAAGAGGAAGCUGAUAACAAUGAAGAUCCUAGUAUAGAGGAGGAGGAUCUUCUCAUGCUGAACAGUUCUCCAUCCACAGCCAAAGACACUCUAGACAAUGGCGAUUAUGGAGAACCAGACUAUGACUGGACCACGGGCCCCAGGGACGACGACGAGUCUGAUGACACCUUGGAAGAAAACAGGGGUUACGUGGAAAUUGAACAGUCAGUGAAAUCUUUUAAGAUGCCAUCCUCAAAUAUAGAAGAGGAAGACAGCCAUUUCUUUUUUCAUCUUAUUAUUUUUGCUUUUUGCAUUGCUGUUGUUUACAUUACAUAUCACAACAAAAGGAAGAUUUUUCUUCUGGUUCAAAGCAGGAAAUGGCGUGAUGGCCUUUGUUCCAAAACAGUGGAAUACCAUCGCUUAGAUCAGAAUGUUAAUGAGGCAAUGCCUUCUUUGAAGAUUACCAAUGAUUAUAUUUUUUAAAGCACUGUGAUUUGAAUUUGCUUAUGUAAUUUUAUUUGCUUGACUUUUUAUAUGAUAUUGUGCAGAUGUUUGCCAUAGGCAAUUGGUACUUAAAUGAGAGGUGAGUCUCUCUUUUGCCUUGGUGCUUCGGAAAUUAAAUGUCACAAACGAGUAUAUAAUUUUUUAUCUGUACUUUUAGAGCUGAGUUUAAUCAGGUGUCCAAAAUAUGAGUUAAACAUUACCUUAUAUUUACACUGUUAGUUUUUAUUGUUUUAGAUUUAUUAUGCUUCUUCUGGAAGUAUUAGUGAUGCUACUUUUAAAAGAUCCCAAGCUUGUAACUAAAUUCUGACAUAUCUGUUACUGCUGACUCACAUUCAUUCUCUGCCAUUCAAAUACUAUUUUUUAUCCACAUUUUUUUUUUUGUUCCCAAACUGUAAUGUACAGGGAUAUGUGUGAUAAUGCUUUGGAUUUGUGUAAUAUUUUUUUUUCUUCUAAGAAAACUGCUUUGGAUAUUUUUAGAUAAUUUAAACAUAAUUUAGGAUAAUGAUAUUGCUCAAUCUGACCACAAUUUUAGGUAAAACAUUAAAUGUGUCAAGAAAUCUUGGCAGCAGAGACUCUGCAGCUUGCAGUGGACAUAGAUAAAAUGUUACAGAGAUACUAUUUUUUUGGUUGGAAUUACUAUACUAAAUUUAGAAGCAGAAACUGGAAAAUGUUAAAUACAUGUACAAUUGCUUUUAGUUAGCAAUUGAUUAUAGCAUGGGUUCCUCCAAGGUUUCAAGCAAUGGGCAGAGUUUAAAAUUAUAUCAGAUUCGUUUACUUUGUUUAUUAUUUUACAGUAAAUUUGAAUAAAUCUUAGGGGCCAUUAUCACUUAAAUAAUACUGUAUCUAGGUCUUUCAAAUUAAAAUUAUACCUGAAUGAAGUUGUUUGUAUACAUAAAGGAUAUUUGUGUACAAUGACCUUUUUUCCCCCACACUUGUUUUCUUUGUUUUUGUUUUUUAUGGCAACUGGAAAGUAUUUACUAUGGGAUUCAUUUAUGUCUGUCUUUCUAUCAUAAAGAAUUGAUCAAUAUGUAAAUAUGUGAUUUCAACCAUGGUUGACUUACAAGUGUCACUACAGCUUUUUAGAAAACAUAGCCCUAAUAUAUGUUAAGCAGGACCCGGGUGAGCCAGUGGGCUUGCGCUUUAUGUAGAGCUGGAAGAAGGCCGUCCAGCCUGUCUCUUGGGCGGACAGUGUACUUUCCUAAUAGGGAAGGGAAGCACAAUGGAAAUACCCCUGAACCGUUUUAUUGCAGUAAUUUUUUUCAUAUCCGAAACUAUUAUUUAAUAUUUUGAAUAAGAUUUUAAAAAAUAAAUGGCAAAGAUAUAAA